GUUGUCGUCCUUUGAAGGUUAAAGUUGCAGUCCAUGCGUGUGUUUGGUUGUUGUCUCGUACAGAGCCGCAACAUUAUUACCUGUGUACAGCAGCACUUAUCUACUUUUUAUCAUUAGAAUGGCGAAAGCAGUCAAGUCAGCUCUUGCUGCUAUCACAAAGAUUGUCCCUGGUAAUAGUGCAAGACUUUCCUGUAUACCUAAACAGUCUGGAAUUUCAGCGAGGUACCUGCUUGGCACGUCCGCGCUUUCCAGCCCCAACACAGUCGCAACUCCAAGGGCACACAGUACGUUGUCAACUUUGAGAUCGAGACACACAAAAGGCACCUCAUGCUCUUUUGCACACAAGCAGCCCAUUGCAUUUUACAGUACUGAAGUGGAUAAAGAGAUAUCAUCCUUUUUGGACAAAGAAAUUCAGUUUGAAACAUCAAGAUCAAGUGAUGACUUGCCAAAAGUUUCUGGAUUUGAGGUCACAACUGAAGGUGGAGACAUAACCCUUACGAAAUCAAAAGGCUCUGAAAAAGUUAUUGUCAGACUGAGUGUAAAUGGAGCGGUGGAUUCUGUGAUUGCAGAGAGUGCUCCAGAGAAACAAGAUGAGCCGCCACAGAUGGUCUGCCGGCCGCCGUUUGAGGUCGAAAUCAGCAAGGGGGAUGGGACAGUCCUAGCUCUUCAAUGUGUCUUCCCGAGCGCUGAUGAACCCUUUGAAGAUGCAGAACAGUACAGCAAGGGAGACCAAGAGGCUGACAGAAUUGAGGACCAGUUUGAAAUUCAGGAAGUCGCACUCCACAGUGGUGAGUGGAAGGACACAACAUUCUCAGUCUCAGCUGCUACAAUGGACGCUGAGUUGUUUGACCUACUCAUGGACAUGCUUGACGAGAGAGGUGUCAACGACGAAUUCAUCUCCCAGCUGGUGGAAUACUGCACCGCCUACGAGAACAAACAGUACAUUGGAUUCCUCAAGGGACUCAAGACAUUUGCCGAGAAGUAAACAAGUAACCCAGCCAACAUUGGUAUCAUCACAGAUCUGUGUGCCUGAACGACUGUUAUGCGAGUUGCUCGUAGUUGUAGCUCUUCACUGUAUUCUGAAGAGAGUUAUAUUUGGAGAGAUGUCAAUUCUAAGUCUGAACUUUUGGUGGUAACAGGAUAAAAAAAAUUUCCUCCUUUUUUCCUCCCCCAGUCCUAUUCAGUUUGUGAUACCAGAUGAAAGCUUGUACUUGCUUAUGUUUUAUUAAGUUUCUGAUAUAUAUAAGCCGGUUAUGUUUCAAUUCGUAAAAUGUGGACUCACUUGUGUUCAGAAUUGUUUUUUCUGAAAUCAUUAUCUGUACUCCGAACUACUAUUUGAUGUGUCUUCAGAGGCCCAUAAUUUAAUUUGUGAAGUGUACGUAUUCCAUGUUUUGUUCAUGAGUAAGCCAGUUGUUGGGAUUAAUUUUGUGAUGAAAUCAGUUAUUAUUAGGACAGUAUUCAUCAGUCAUGACACAGUGAGUCUGUAGUGUUCUCUUGACUAGUCCUUCACUGAGUAGAUCCUCGAAUGUAAUAUUGUUGCAGAGGGUUCUUGUACAUUGAGUUUUGUUCCUGCCAUUUGACUGACGUGUGUAAGCUCAUUAAACAUGUUUCUCGUACAUUUUAA